GACAUUCAACCAUGAUAGUAAUAUAAGUUCUAAUGGGGAAGUCUCGCUUUCACUGGCCGUGCUCCCUUUUUUUAAGACUGACCAACAGCUUUCGGAGGUGCCCUCUUUCAAAAAGGAGUUUGAUAAUUGCGAGCGUAUGUGUUGUUUAUUUGUUUUUUGUAGUUUCACAAGUUGGAUAUUCGCAGCAGCACCGGGAUAGAAGGACUGAUAAAGAGAAGUACCGAUACACCCGUGGAUUGUAUAAUUUGGGGAUUAGUGAUGACCUGCAAGACUCUGUGGAUUUACGGACCGGUGCGAGCUUUGUGUUGCCAACCCGGUCCAACGUGGUGUACAUAACACUCAGGUCUAAGCGUUUGAAACCAGCAAAUAUUCGGGGUACAAUCAGACCAAAACUGAGGAGAAAAGUGAGAAGAAAUAAAUCGGCUGAUUCAGCUUUUACGCAGAACAAACUUGGCACUUUGGAGCAGGACUCAGGCCUUACUAAGCGCAACUUUGCAUCCAAUAAUUCUUGGAGAGAGAUCAAAGAUGUCGAUUAUAAAUCUGUGGUUAUUAUCCACAAUUCACAAACAGAUGCAGAUGCAGACUCUGCUGUGAGCUCUAUACGAAUCUACAGCCAGCGGGCACCGCCAUGGUUCAGCGCGCAGGACGUCCAAGCCAUGCGCUUCCUCGCGGAUGCCCAGGUUUUGCGCAUCAAAGAAGUUUUGCGUGGAGACUCCCAAUCACUUCUGAUAUUUGAGAGUGAAACAGACAUUUCACCGGCCACCCCAAAACACACAAAGCGUAACAAUGUAUGCAGGGGACGGUGUGGAGUUAUUAACAGUCCCAUGGACACCACUGAGGUGUUUGCUUUCCAUUUGGACAGGGUGCUGGGGCUAAACAGGACAUUGCCAGCUGUCAGCAGGAAAUUCAGUUUUUUACACGAUGGCCAGCCCAGUCCACUGGUGUCAUGGGAUGCAUCGCUCUACCCAGAGGGCCUUGCAGCUGGCUGGUCCACCGUGAAGUUAACAUGGGGGGAGUACCAAAGCUCCCUGAGACAAAGGUGUUGGCAUAAAAACAGCAUCCCAAAGCCAGAAUCCGGCUGCUCCACAAUCCAUCAUUAUGAGUGGAGCAAACUAGCUCUGUUUGACUUCUUGUUACAGAUUCACAACCGUCUGGAUCAGAGCUGUUGUGGGUUCAGGCCCCGCCAGGAGGAUGUGUGUGUUGAAUUUGGCCACCAUGCUGAAUGUAGGGACCAGGACCACAUACAACUGGCAAACAUCAUCCACCGGGGUCACAACCAAAGACAUCUCGUCUUCACCAACAACAAGGGGUAUUUUGACCGCAAUGAGGACAACUUGGACUUUCGGCUCCUGGAAGGAAUCAAGGAGCUCCCAGAGCAGUCAGUGUCAGUGCUGAAGAGCAGACGGCUGAGGGAGAAGCUUCUCCAGUCUUUGUUUUUGGAUCAGACAUACUGGGAGAGCCAGGGCAGCCGGCAGGGCAUUGACAAGCUGAUUGAUGUUAUUGAGAGGAGGGCCAAAGUCCUCCUCACUUACAUCAAUGCUCAUGGGAUCAAGGUCAUCCCGAUGAAUGUCUGAUGAGGUUUAAACCCCUCAAGUGGCCAAAAUGAACAGUUCAAUCUCUGUGACUUUGCUAUGUCCUGUCACAAUGUCCUUUUACAAGACAUCCUGGUA